UGUCAAAAGUGUCAAAAUAAGAAGCGAAUUAAUUUUGAAUCAAGAAUUUGCAUUUUCUAUUGUUUUUAUUAAGAUCUAAUCAAAAUAAGUUAUCCAAAAUGCGUAAACGCAGGCGCCUAUUGACUACACCAAUGAAAAAUAAAACCAAACUCCUAAAUAGCGGUAGGGAAGAGAAUGAGGCAAAAGAUACGGCACGAGGCAGACUUAAAGGGGCUUUGAUGGAUGCCCUAGAACCAGCAGCCGAGGAAUCUGACGCUUCAUCAGAUCACAGCCCGUCUAAAAGAGAGAGGAAUUCCAGCCAAGACCACAGCAAGCGCGAACGCAACGCGUCAGACGACGAUGACCGCUACCGUCGCCCGUCGCCGCCGCGGCAGUCGUACGUCCUGAAGCUGUUCGACCGCAGUGUAGACCUGUCGCAGUUCAGCGAGGACUCUCCACUCUACCCCAUCUGUAGAGCUUGGAUUGCCAACCAACCUAAAGCUAACUACAAGGACUUUGGAAAAAAACCUGAUGAGCCACCGCCUGAAGACAGCAUAGAAUUGCCUGGACCCGAGGGGCCUCCUGUCUCCAGGAUACCAGAACUGAUACCUGAGCAGAAGCAGCGUGACAAAGACAACAUCAAUCUCGAUUACGAAGAAGCCCCCCCGCCGCCCCCCGCGGCGCUGCUCGCGGCGCACGUGGCGCGCUGGGGCUGCGUGCGGCGCGCCUGGCUGGAGCAGGCGCAGCGCCACGAGGCGCGCUACGAGGCCACGCAGCAGCUCCUCAACAACCUCAACGUCAGGUAACCAAC